AUGGGCUCAGCUUUCGUUGGUCAUUGUAGAGUGAGACCAACCACCACUCAAAUACAACCUCAACCUCAAGCUAAUAAUCCACCACAGCCAAAUGAACCUCCUCAAAAUCGCCACCAAAUGCAAACUAGGGCCAAAAACAACAUCCUCAAACCCAAUCAAAAAUUCAGUCUUGCUGUGGCACUUUCCAGGGAACCCUCCACCGUAGCUCAGGCUUUAAAAGAUAAACGUUGGAGAGGUGCCAUGUCUACUGAGUUUGAUGCUCAAAUGGCAAACUGUACGUGGAAUCUAGUGCCUCCAAAUGCGGCUCAGAACGUUGUUGGAUGCAGGUGGGUAUAUACGACAAAAUAUUUCUCAAUUGGUGAAUUGGAACGAUACAAGGCCCGUCUUGUUGCCAACGGUUUUUAUCAGAAACAAGGUGUUGAUUACUCGGAGACUUUUAGUCCCGUGGUUAAGUCAACCACUCUCCGGAUUGUACUUGACAUUGCGGUUCAAAAGUCUUGGCCCAUCAAACAAUUCGAUGUCAACAACGCGUUUCUCCAAAGCGAUCUCACAGAAGAGGUGAAUAUGUCUCAGCCUCCGGGGUUUGUUGACCGUGAUCAUCCUGAUUAUGUGUGUCGACUUCUCAAACCUAUUUAUGGCCUUAAGCAAGCACCUAGGGCGUGGUACACAUCUCUCAAACAAUACCUUCUCCAAAUUGGAUUUGUUAACUCUUUAGCGGAUACAUCUCUUUUCAUUAGGAGUCACGGCAAUCACUACACUUACAUUCUGGUAUAUGUCGAUGAUAUAAUUGUUACUGGGAGUGAUUUUUCGCAGGUCCGAGAGGUUCUCUCUUCCUUUGCUGAUCAUUUUUCUAUCAAGGAUCCAGUAGAUCUUCACUAUUUUCUCGGCAUUGAAGCUACUAGGACACCUCAAGGCUUACACAUGAUGCAACGAAAGUACAUCCUCGAUCUCUUGGCGAAGACAAACAUGACUGAUGCCAAACCAGUCAUGACGCCUCUUGCUACUCAUAAAAAAUUGACUCUUGAUGGUGGCACAAUACUCGCUGAUGCCACUCAAUUUCGAUCCAUCGUUGGGAGUCUCCAAUAUCUUGCGUUCACGCGUCCGGAUAUCUCUUACGCCGUGAACCGACUCUCUCAAUUCAUGCACCGACCAACUGAUGCUCACUUACAAGCAGCUAAACGUGUGUUACGUUAUUUGGCCGGCUCCGCAACUCAUGGUAUUUUUCUUCGUGCUAGAUCACCAUUGUCCCUCCAUGCCUUCUCCGACGCUGAUUGGGCAGGUGACAGGGUUGACUAUGUCUGCACCAAUGCUUAUGUCAUCUAUCUCGGCAGUAAUCCGGUGUCUUGGAUAUCCAAGAAGCAACGAACAAUUGCUCGGUUGUCAACUGAAGCGGAAUACAGAGCGGUAGCUAACACUGCGUCUGAAGUUCGAUGGAUCUGCUUUCUCUUAACAGAACUCGGUAUACGUCUCCCCUUAACUCCGGUUAUAUAUUGCGACAAUGUGGGAGCAACUUAUCUAUGUGCCAAUCCCGUUUUUCACUCAAGGAUGAAGCACGUCGCUCUCAAUUACCACUUCAUACAGAACCAAGUUCAAACUGGCAUUCUUCGAGUCUCAUGUUUCAACACAUGA